CUAAUUAAUUAAAUUAAUAACCAUUCAGAAAAAUAAAAAAUAAAGAUCAUUUUGUCGUUAUAAACAUUUUUUAUAAAAUAAUUUAAAGUAGAAUGGCUUUUUAUAGACCUGGAGGUUUAUCGGAUUAUUCUGAUGAAGAAUUCUCUGAUGAGGAAGAUUAUACUAUAAGUAGAAAUAACAAUGGUGAUUUCAAUGGAAGUAAUCAAAAAGAUACAGAACUUAAUGAAAUCCAAGAUCAACAAUUUAGAGUACUCAAUGCUUGUAUGACGGGUGACAUUGCUAUUAUUGAUGAGUACAUAAAUGAUGGAAAUGAUGUUAAUGAAUUUUUAUUCAGUGGAUGGAGUAUGCUACUUUAUGCUUCUUCGUCAGUACUACCAGAAGUUAUAGAGCAUUUAUUAAAACUUGGAGCUGAUCCAAAUCUGCACAAAGAUGGAUACACCCCGCUGAUGGCAGUAUGUGACUCAACGAAAGGAACCACAGAGCAAACUUUGAAGUGUAUUGAAAUUUUAUUAAAUGCAAACGCUAAUCCUGACGCUGUUAGUAAAGAUUUACAAACACCAUUGAUGCUCGCUUGCAAAUCCAAAGAACCUGAAGUGAUUACAUUUCUUCUGAAUCAUGCUAAAAAUAUUGAGAUGUGUGAUAAAGAUGGACGAACGGCUGUAUUUUAUGCAGUUUGUGCCAAUAAGCCAGAAGUUUUGAAAAUACUGAUGAAAGCCAAAGCUUCUGUAGCAUUAGUGGACAGACGUAAUUUAACACUUAGAGAUAUUGCUGUUACCAAAAAUUACGAUGAGAUUAAACAGAUUUUAGAUUUCGAAGAUGACGAGAUUGAUAAUUAUUGUUCAGUAACAAAGAUAGUAGAUUGGAAAGAUGCAAUUACAAAUAUUACUAAUCCAGAUUCUGAGUGUGUAGAUCCAGAUAUUGCGAAUAUUUUAUACUCAUUAAAUUUAGAAAAAUACAGGCAGUCUUUCAAAGGAAUGAGUGUUAAAAAAUUCUUGCAACUAACUGAAAAUGAUCUAAUUGAAUUAGGAAUGGACAUUCAGUAUCACAGAAAACAAUUUAUGAAUGGAUUAUUCAAGUUUCAUUCUUCCAAGUGGAAAUUUUCGAAUACCGUUAGAGUUAUUAAAAAAUCUUCCGAAGUUUCAUUAUUCGAUGGAGUUAUAUCUUUAGGAAGUGUUGCUCGACAACUUAAUGUCAUCGGAUCAUGUUUUUGUUACAUGAGGAAUAAUUUCUUUGAAGGAACAAAUAAAAUGAUUCUUACAAAUAAAGAACUUUGUUUAAAAGAACUCAAAGAGACUGAACUUAAGUUGACUUUGAUUAAAAAAGACUUUGAACAAAUAUUAGAAUUUGUUGAAAAGUUUGAAAAAAAGAAUCGCGGAAAUCCACCAGCAGCUUAUAUUGGACCAAAUGAAUUCAAGAACAAAACAUCAUGGACGAUUUUAUUUACUGCUUCUAUAGUAACUGGUAUAUUUAUCACUAAGACUUUUUUUGUUAAAAAAUUGAUAGAUUAAU